AUGUUAUAUGAAACGAACAAUUUAUACCAGCGAGAGAAUAUGGGAAGUAAUAAGGGGUAUGACCGUAAUGGCCAUGAACACAUGAUGCCAAAAUGUACCAUGAAUACGGCAUUUAGUUGGAACUACGAAAAUAGCUGCGUUCUAUUUCCUUGGUGGGUUAUACAGACUAAAUCUGGUUUACUCUUUAGCUGCGUUAUGAUAGCAGUGUUCUCUUACACGUAUGAGUAUUUCAGAUAUUACGUCCAUUUGAUGACUAAGAAACGGGACCACAAUAACAUGGAUUCCAAAUCGUUGCGGUGGAAACGUUCUAUAUUUUACGGCAUUCAAAUUGGACUUUCCUUUUUAGUGAUGUUGAUAAUUAUGUCUUAUAAUGGAUUCUUCAUCAUCAGUGUUAUUUUGGGCGCCGUAGUCGGGAAUUUCCAUUGGGGUUCUUUUGUCGAAGAUAGAUUAUUGAAUCCCUCUCUAGUGUGUCACUAA